UUAUUUCCAGAGAAGGAAAGCCGUUGCUGGCAUUCUCACCACCGUCCUACCUGCCAUGAUCAAGUGCUUGUCAGUGGAAGUAAAAGCCAGAUUGCGUUCUGGUUUGGCCAUAAGCUCCUUGGGCCAGUGUGUUGAGGAACUUGCCCUCAACAGUAUUGAUGCUGAAGCAAAAUGUGUGGCCAUCAGGGUGAAUAUGGAAACCUUCCAAGUUCAAGUGAUAGACAAUGGAUUUGGGAUGGGGCGUGAUGAUGUGGACAGGGUGGGAAAUCGUUACUUCACUAGUAAAUGUCACUUGCUGCAGGACUUGGAGAACCCAAGAUUCUAUGGUUUCCGAGGGGAGGCAUUGGCAAGUAUAGCCAACAUGGCCAGUGCUGUGGAAAUUUCAUCCAAGAAAAACGGGACCAUGAAAACAUUUGUGAAACUGUUUCAGAAUGGAAAAGCCCUGAAAGCUUGUGAAGCUGACUUGACUAGACCAAGCACAGGGACCACAGUAACAGUAUAUAAUCUGUUUCACCAGUUGCCCGUGAGGAGAAAACGCCUGGAUCCCAGACUGGAGUUUGAGAAGGUUAGGCAGAGGGUAGAAGCUCUCUCACUCAUGCACCCUUCCAUUUCUUUCUCUUUGAGAAAUGAUGUUUCUGGGUCUAUGGUUCUUCAGCUCCCAAAGACCAAAGACAUAUGUUCCCGAUUUUGUCAGAUUUAUGGAUUGGGCAAGUCCCAAAAGUUAAAAGAAAUACAUUUUAAAUAUAAGGAGUUUGAGCUUAGUGGAUAUAUCAGCUCCGAAGCACACUAUAAUAAGAAUAUGCAGUUUUUGUUUGUGAACAGAAGACUAGUUUUAAGGACAAAGUUGCAUAAACUCAUUGACUUUUUAUUAAGAAAAGAAAGUAUUAUAUGCAAGCCAAAGAAUGGCUCUGCCAGUAGGCAGAUGAAUUCAAGUCCCCGGCAUCGGUCUACUCCAGAACUCCAUGGAAUCUAUAUAAUCAACGUGCAGUGCCAAUCCUGUGAGUAUGAUGUGUGCAUGGAGCCAGCAAAAACCCUGAUUGAGUUUCAGAACUGGGAUACUCUCCUAAUUUGUAUCCAGGAAGGAGUGAAAAUGUUUUUAAAGCAAGAAAAUUUAUUUGUGGAAUUAUCAGGUGAAGACAUUAAGGAAUUCACUGACGAUAGUGAUUUCAGUUUAUUUGGAACUACUCUUCAGAAGCAUCUGUCCUCUGAUGAGAGGCACAACCCAGGUAGCUUCCAGGAAGCAUGUAGUAAUAUGUUAGAUUCCUGUGAAAUGUUUAAUUUUCAAUCAAAAGCUGUAAAGAGAAAAGCUGUAGAAGACAUAAACACACAGAAUUCUGAGGAUUCACAAACUAUCAGAAAAAAGACAGAUGACUCACCUUUGUCUGCUUGUGAAUCAGAUGGUCUGGACUGUAGUAAAAUGACAGAAUUAUCUUUAUACAACACAGACAGCUUUUCCUUAGAAUCAAGGAUGUUAGAACAAGAGACAGGCAAAACAUCAGACUUAAGAGAAAAUGAGAAACAUACAGAGUCUUGCUUGGCACACAACUCUUUAGAAAGUCCAUGUGGAAAGAAUUCAGAAAUGUUUUUAAACCUUUGCCAGACACAACAUUACAUUGAGAGAGGAUCAGAUUUAGAAAUACAGAAAGUAAGUACUACUGUUAAUAGCAUGGCUGCCAAUAUCCUGAAAAAUAACAGAACUCAAGAUCAACUAGAGAGAUUUAAAGGUGCUACUGAAAUGGGAAGUCAGCCUCUGCCUUUUGGUGGGACAUCAUUGAGAGUUCACAGUGCUCAGAGAGAAGAAGAGAAGAGAAUAAAAGAGCCUAGUAAUUGUGGAAGAGUAAAUAUUUUUAGUUAUAGAGAAGUUAAGCUAUGUUCCACUGGCUUUAUAACUCAUGUUGUACAAAAUGAGCAAAUUAAAUCAACUGAAGCAGAAUACUCCUUUAAAAACUAUGUCCGACCUGGUCCUACAAAUGCCCAAGAAAUAUUUGGAAACAGAAUAGAUCAUUCAGUUGAGACUCCAGACAUCAAAGACUUAACUAGAACCUUAAGUAAAGAAUAUGCUCACCUGCCCAACAAAAAGUUUUGCAGAACAAACACAAAUUAUGGGCUAGCAAACAAACAGAUAACAACUAACAAAAAUUUUUCAGUUUUUCAGCAAAGUGCUGAAGAAGCACAUACAGGUAGCUUAUCACCUGAUACAUCCUCAUCUUUACCUUGGCAUAAAUAUGUUUCAAAGAAUAGUAAGAAAAUAGAUAAAUUGAUUGCUUCCUCCAAACCCGUAGUCUGUAAAAAGCUAAGCUUGAGUUCACAACUUGGAUCUUUAGAGAGGUUUAAGAGACUGUAUGGGAAGGUUAAAAACCCUCUGGCUGCAGAAGUGAAGGAAAGUAACAGUGAAGUCGCUCUUGGUGUCAGCCCACAUGAUGAACCUGACAUGGCACUGACAGACAAGAACCCUGUAGUCAAUGCUGGCAUUUGUAAAAGUGCUACUAUGCAGCAUAGUGAUUCAAAUAGUGGUUGUCAACCAGUAAGUCACAUCCUAUACUCAGAGAAACUUCCACUGUCCAAGGAAGAAGACUGUUUGGAACAACAGACGCCUUGUUUGAGAGAAAGUCUGACAGAAUUACUUCACUCUAACAGAGAACUCUCAGAGGUUGAGAAGUCACCUGAAUCACUGGCCUCUAAACUGUCCAGACUGAAGGGUUCUGAAAAAGAGAUUCACAUAGUAAAAACGAUAAGUCAUUUUAGUGAAUUUCCAAGUUCAGAUCCCAGUAAGAAAGACAGUGACUUAUGCAGCAGUUUAGGCCUAGAUUUUUGUCAGGGUGAAAAAAUAGAGGGUGGCACCCUCCCAGUGUCAGAUUCCAUCAUACAGGAUAAUUCCUUUGAUCAUGACAGUGAAACACAUUCUAACAGCAAUGCGACAGAGAACCUGGUGAUAUCUGAAGCUCCUCUGGUUAAAGAUGCAGAUGUUUUUAUUACAGCCUCAGAGCAGCAGAGAGAAAGUCCUGGUAGGAGGUUUCUAAGUCACGAAGAAAAUACCACAGUUGACCAAAAUGGAGUUUAUACUCCCAGUGAAGAUUCUGAGACGAGAGCUUGUUCUGAAAAGGAAGAGUCAAACACCUGCUCCUCCAGCUGGCAGCAGCAUUUUGAUGUAGCCCUGGGAAGAAUGGUUUAUAUCAACAAAAUAACUGGACUUAGCACCUUCGUUGCUCCUACAGAGGAUGUUCAGACUGCUUGUACUAAAGAUCUGACUACUGUGGCUGUGGAUGUCAUACUUGGGAAUGGGUCUCAGUACAGGUGCCAUCCUUUUAGAAGCGACCUUGUUCUUCCUUUCCUGCCAAGAGCUCGGGAAGAGAGGACUUUGAUGGGACAGAAUUGCACAGGUGGUGUGGAUGGUGCUGUCGGUGGUAAUGACUCUCUGCAGUCCUUGUUCUCACAUUGGGACAACCCGGUAUUUUCCCGUUACCCAGAGGUUGCUGUUGAUGUACGCAGUGGCCAAGCUGAGAGCUUAGCAGUUAAAAUUCACAACAUCUUAUAUCCCUAUCGUUUCACCAAAGAAAUGAUUCACUCAAUGCAGGUUCUCCAGCAAGUGGAUAACAAGUUUAUCGCCUGUUUAAUGAACACUAAGACUGAAGACAAUGGCGGAGGAGGUGGAAACCUGUUAGUCCUGGUGGACCAGCACGCUGCACACGAGCGUAUUCGCCUGGAGCAGCUUAUCGCUGACUCAUAUGAGAAGCAACAACCCCAAGGCUGUGGUCGGAAAAAAUUACUGUCCUCCACUAUAAUUCCUCCCUUAGGGAUAACAGUGACCGAGGAACAAAGGAGGCUCUUAAGGUGCUACCACAAAAAUCUGGAAGACCUGGGCCUUGAAUUUAUGUUUCCAGACACGAGUGAUUCUCUGGUCCUUGUGGGAAAAGUACCACUGUGUUUUGUAGAAAGAGAAGCCAAUGAACUUCGAAGAGGAAGGUCUCCUGUGACCAAGAGUAUCGUGGAGGAAUAUAUUCGGGAACAAGUGGAGCUGCUGCGGACCACUGGAAGCAUCCAGGGGACCCUGCCACUGACGGUCCAGAAGGUGCUGGCCUCCCAGGCCUGUCACGGGGCCAUUAAGUUUAAUGACCGCCUGAGCCCUGAGGACAGCUGUCGCCUUGUGGACGCCCUGUCCUGGUGUCAGCUGCCUUUCCAGUGUGCUCACGGGAGACCGUCCAUGCUGCCGCUAGCUGAUCUAGACCACCUGGAGCCUGUGAAGCAGAUUAAACCUAAUAUUGCUAAACUUCGAAAAAUGGCCCAGGCUUGGCAUCUCUUUGGAAAAGCAGAAGGCUGUAGUACGAGGCAGAGCCUGCAGCAGUCCACAGCGCUGUGUGAGCCGUCGUGAGGACAGGCUUGCUGGCCCGUGAGGGGCCUGAGGCACUAGGGUGCUGCUUGUACCCUGAGCAGAGAGCCCGAGCAGCAGCGGCCAAGGCACUGUGGCUGCCUGGAGCAGGUCCUCGCUUGUUGGCUUUCUGGAGCAGAUGUUCCCUCUCCCUGAGAAGCCUGAAGACAGCUCUGCACACGAGAGCUCGCCAUGAAAUACCUGCCUUUUGUAACUUCUUUAGUGAUAACAUGUAAUGACGGGUUGGCCUGUGUUUGAGAGCUGUGCCUUGGGACACUUUGGUGAUUGUGUGACUGAGCUGGUGGGAGCCCUGGAGCUGCCGUGCUUUCCCUGGGCUGUGCUUCCCUCCUGCCGCCUCCUUCCCCCGGGUCCAAGAUCCCCACAGAGGUAAGACUGAGGAAUUGCCCAGUUCCUGGAGAGGGAGGUGUUGGUUUAUUUUAUUGGUUUUUAAAACCGUAAUAGGCUAAUGUUUAUAUUCUGAAUAUCCCAAACCA